GAUGCUUUGCUCUUACUGCCUUGGCACAAGACUUGCCCUGGAAAACGAAACCUUGACAGGACUAGACCCUAGAGCCGACGGUCUUAAAGAAUGCGAACAACGUUUGGUUGCCCACCUUCGUCGAUUGAACAGAUUGCGCCUGCAGCUGGGCUACACACGUCACACUGAUGUGGAAUAUUUCCGUGGCGCGAUGAAAGUGGACGAUGAUGGAUUUGUUUGUGUGAAGCUGAGCGGCAAAGAAAUCAUCAAAAAUCUGGGACUCGACAUCGUGACUUUUCUGACGCCGAAGCAUUUCAUUGACUCCAGGGCUGGCUUUACUUUGCGCGACACCUCCUGCGCAAUGUGUCUUGAUGACUACGAGCGUGGCGACUACAUCGUGGAAACGAAAUGCAAUCAUCAGUUCCACGAACAGUGUCUGGAGAAAUGGUUCGAUGACAAUCUCACUUGUCCACUGUGUCGGACUGUUCACGUGGAGGAUUGUGAGGACGAUAUCGAGGAGGGUGGUGAGGAGGGUGGUGAGGAAGGUGGUGAGGAGGGUGGUGAGGAGGGUGGUGAGGAGGGUGGUGAGGAGGACAUUGAGGAGGACAUUGACGAGGACAUUGACGAAGACAUUGACGAGGACAUUGACGAGGAUAGUGAGGAGGAUAUCUAGGAACAUGAUAUUGGUUCGGACAACUGUAGCCGACUUGGACAACUAUACCGAGUCUGCCCUUACGAUUAAGAAUACAACGCUAC